AUGGUCAAAGAGAGGGUGAAUGUCAGUGGUCUUUCGAGUUUAGUGGCAUUCUGGCUGAUGAUGGCAGACAGGAUAAAAGCACCAUGUAUUCGGGUGAAAAAGGACACUUCUGCUCUUAAGGUGGUGCCCAAGGACACUUCUGCUCACGAGGUGGUGCCCAAUCCCACUACUGCUCCUAAGGCUGUAUCCAACCCCAAGCCUCAGGCCCCUGAAGAGGAGAUCCCAUUUGAACAGGCACUAUCCACUAAUGAUGACGUCCGUAUUAUCAGCAGCAGAAUGUUAGAAGCAAGUAGAAUCCUGGACAACAUUCUAAAAAAUCAUGACCACAGUCUGCGUCCUGGCUUUGGUAAACAUCCCACUGUGGUCAACUUCGAUCUCUUAAUACACGCCUUUGGUCCCCUCUCUGUCUCCAACAUGGAAUAUACCAUGGACAUCACCUUCUACCAAACCUGGUAUGAUGACCGUCUCCGUUUUGAGGGCAGCUUUGAGAACAUUGUUGUGCACGAUGAAGUGUUGAAACAGAUAUGGCUCCCCAAAUAUCCUUAUUCAUAAUUCUAAGAGGAGCCGAGGAAGCAAGGGUUUGAUUCCUCCACCAGUAUGGCACGCAUCUACAGAGAUGGCAAAGUGACUUACAAAGCUCGGUAUGUCAUUGAUAUUGGAUGUUCACUUCACCUGGUCAAAUUUCCAAUGGAUUCUCACUCUUGCACUCUGUCUUUCUCUUGUUUUUCCUAUCCUAUUGAUGAGGUGAUUUUUGAAUGGGACAAGAUAGAAUUUGACUUCAGAAAUACUUGGAGGAUGUACCAGUUUGAUUUUAAAGGUGUGAGCAACAAGACUGAGGUCUUCAAGAGUGUGGAUGGUGAGUAUCUGAUUUUGACAUUUCUCUUCAACAUAACACGACACCUGGGCUUUGCGACCUUCCAAAGCUACAUCCCUUCUUCGAUGACCACAGUGCUCUCCUGGGUUUCCUUUUGGAUCCAGAAGGAUUGUUCUCCUGCCCGGACCUCUUUAGGGAUUACCUCCGUUCUCACCAUGGCCACACUCUGCACCUUUACCCGGAAAGAAAUACCCUUCAUGACCUGUGUCACUGCCUUGGAUUUCUACAUUGCCUUUUGCUUGAUUUUCUGCUUCUGUUCUCUGAUUGAGUUUGCUGUCAUCACCUUCCUGACCUACAAAAAGAAACGAUCCCGUGUUCCAAGACUUCGCCAUGUGCGUAUUUCUCGCAGAGGCCGGCGCUCAGGCCGUGCCUCCCAGCAGGAUGACUCCAACAGCAACAGCGGCAGUGAUGGCGACAAUGACAGUGACAGCGAUGGCGAUAGCGACAGUGACGGUGAGGAUCAGCGGGUGUGGGAACGCCUGGCUUGCCCUGAGCAGCUGCAGAAUGAUCCGUAUGUUGCGCACCGCCCCUGGAACACCUGCAAGUGGUACCAGAAGUUCUUCUGCACCUUCCCUAGCUGCCAUGGUAGCACAUGGCAGAGCGGCCGCCUAUAUAUCCAUAUCUACCGCCUGGAUGCCUACUCACGAGUCUGUUUCCCAGUGGCCUUCUUUAUCUUCAAUGUCAUCUACUGGUGUGUUUGCCUUAACUAA